GUGCACGCGGCGAGUGCGGGGAAGUGUGUUUGUAUGUGUGCGCGUGUGGGUGUGAGAGCCUGGCUCGCUCAUUCGCGCGCGCGCACACACACACACACACUCACACGCACACCCUGGCUGGCUCAUCUGAACUUGAAGACACCCCAUAUUCCAAGAUGCCUUGGGUGCCUGGAAAUGCCCAGGGUUCUUCGAUCUGGAAUAUCCUACCGGCGACUUCCUAGGGAGGGAUUAUCUUUUUUUUUUUUUUUUGCUUUUGGUUUUUUACAAUCUGGAAGAGAAGAGAACAAGUUGUGCUUUUUCCUCUCUUCUUGCUAAAUGCCAUGGAUAUAACUGAAUAAGCCGCUCAGGGCUCUCCCCGCGUGGACGUCCGAGGCCACCAUCUGCCUUCGUUCUCCAGAUCCCAGGGAUUAGCUCCAGCCUGUCUCGGGCGGGGAAGCAUGCGUGGCCGAGCCAGGGACCCCGGGCGCCCCGCGGAGCUGGCCUCGCCGCCUCCUAGCCUGGGGUAGAUGCUGCCUCGCCCAGGCGCUGCAGCCUGAGUGACCAGACCAUGGAGACCCUGCUUGGUGGCCUGCUGGCGUUUGGCAUGGCGUUUGCCGUGGUCGACGCCUGCCCCAAGUACUGUGUCUGCCAGAACCUGUCUGAGUCGCUGGGGACCCUGUGCCCAUCCAAGGGGCUGCUCUUCGUACCCCCUGACAUCGACCGGAGGACGGUGGAGCUGCGUCUGGGUGGCAACUUCAUCAUCCACAUCGGCCGCCAGGACUUCGCCAACAUGACGGGGCUGGUGGACCUGACCCUGUCCAGGAACACCAUCAGCCACAUCCAGCCCUUCUCCUUCCUGGACCUGGAGAGCCUCCGCUCCCUGCACCUCGACAGCAACCGGCUGCCCAGCCUCGGGGAGGACACGCUGCGCGGCCUGGUCAACCUGCAGCACCUCAUCGUGAACAACAACCAGCUGGGUGGCGUGGCUGAUGAGGCCUUCGAGGACUUCCUGCUGACGCUGGAGGACCUGGACCUGUCCUACAACAACCUCCAUGGCCUGCCCUGGGGCUCUGUGCGGCGGAUGGUCAACCUGCACCAGCUGAGCCUGGACCACAACCUGCUGGACCACAUUGCUGAGGGCACCUUCGCGGACCUGCAGAAACUGGCCCGCCUGGACCUCACCUCCAACCGGCUGCAGAAGCUGCCCCCGGACCCCAUCUUCGCCCGCUCCCAGGCCUCUGCUCUGGCCGCCACGCCUUUUGCCCCACCCUUGUCCUUCAGUUUUGGGGGGAACCCCCUGCACUGCAACUGCGAGCUCCUCUGGCUGCGGAGGCUGGAGCGGGAGGAUGACCUGGAGACCUGCGGCUCCCCCGGUGGCCUCAAGGGCCGUUACUUCUGGCACGUGCGCGAGGAGGAGUUCGUGUGCGAGCCGCCUCUCAUCACCCAGCACACACACCGGCUGCUGGUUCUGGAGGGCCAGGCAGCCACUCUCAAGUGCAAGGCCAUUGGGGACCCCGGCCCCCUCAUCCACUGGGUGGCCCCCGACGACCGCCUGGUGGGGAACUCCUCAAGGACCGCUGUGUACGACAACGGCACCCUGGACAUCCUCAUCACCACGUCUCAGGACAGCGGCGCCUUCACCUGCAUUGCCGCCAACGCCGCCGGGGAGGCCACGGCCACGGUGGAGGUGUCCAUCGUCCAGCUGCCACACCUCAGCAACAGCACCAGCCGCACGGCUGCCCCCAAAUCCCGCCUCUCGGACAUCACUGGCUCCAGCAAGACCAGCCGGGGAGGGGGCGGCAGCGAGGGUGGGGAGCCUCCCAAAAGCCCCCCAGAACGAGCUGUGCUUGUGUCUGAUGUGACCACCACCUCGGCCCUGGUCAAGUGGUCGGUCAGCAAGUCGGCGCCCCGGGUGAAGAUGUACCAGCUGCAGUACAACUGCUCCGACGAUGAGGUACUGAUUUACAGGAUGAUCCCAGCUUCCAACAAGGCCUUUGUGGUCACCAACCUGGUGUCAGGGACCGGCUACGACCUGUGCGUGCUGGCCGUGUGGGACGACACAGCCACGACACUCACGGCCACCAACAUCGUGGGCUGCGCCCAGUUCUUCACCAAGGCCGACUACCCGCAGUGCCAGUCGAUGCACAGCCAGCUCCUGGGCGGCACCAUGGUCCUGGUCAUCGGCGGCAUCAUCGUGGCCACGCUGCUGGUCUUCAUCGUCAUCCUCAUGGUGCGCUACAAGGUCUGCAACCACGAGGCCCCCGGCAAGAUGGUGGCUGCCACGGUCAGCAACGUGCACUCGCAAACCAACGGGGCCCAGCAGCCCGCUCUGGGCAGCGUGCCCGGCGGGGCCCCCGCGCUGGGGCCGCCCAAGGUGGUGGUGCGCAACGAGCUGAUGGAGUUCAGUCCCAGCUUGGCCCGAGGCAGUGACUCCUCUUCCUCCAGCUCCCUGGGCAGUGGAGAGGCUGCGGCCCUGGGACAGGGUCCCUGGAGGCUCCCGCCCCCGGCCCCACGCCCCAAGCCCAGCCUUGACCGCCUGAUGGGGGCCUUUGCCUCCCUGGACCUCAAGAGUCAGAGGAAGGAGGAGCUGCUGGACUCCAGGACUCCAGGCGGGAGAGGGUCUGGGACGUCAGCCAGGGGCCACCACUCGGACCGAGAGCCACUGCUGGGACCACCUGCGGCCAGGGCCAGGAGCCUGCUCCCUCUGCCCCUGGAGGGCAAAGCCAAACGCAGCCAUUCCUUCGACAUGGGGGACUUCGCGGCUGCAGCUGUGGCAGCAGGGGGGGUGGCCCCAGGUGGCUACAGCCCCCCGCGGAGGGUCUCGAACAUCUGGACAAAGCGCAGCCUCUCGGUCAAUGGCAUGCUCCUGCCCUUUGAGGAGAGUGACCUAGUGGGGGCCCGGGGGACUUUUGGCAGCUCCGAAUGGGUGAUGGAGAGCACGGUGUAGGCUCAGAGCAGGGUGUCCUCCGUCCAACGCUUGCAGGUAGAAGGAGGGAAAGAAUCUUCACUGGCGAGUCUCUGUGGGGUUUCCAUGGUGAUGUUUACAUCCAGGGACAGUUUAGUCUCCCUGUCAAAGGCCUCCCCCACACAACCCAUGCCACCUUCCCAGGCCUGGCCCCCACCACCCCCCGGGGUGUGCUCAGGGAAAGCAGCCUCGACGGCCAGUGUGGGACUGAGCCCUGAGUGUUGGGAAGGCGGGGCCCUCGCCUUUCUGACCACAAAUGCAGUGUACAAGCAAGUGGCUUUGGAUUGCUUA